AUGGUGGGUGAAUAUGCUACUCCAGAGGAGAAGGCAGCCAUUUGUGCCAAACUAGUUUUACUUGCCCCUCCAUGUGAAUUCAACGAGGUUUUAGAUGAUGUUCGUUGUAUAUCCGGUGAUGAUCAUCAGAUACAGAAAAAAUUAGCUGCUGCUAUAGCACAGUACAACAAAGAUCAAAUGAUUCAUGUCAAAUUACCAGGCUGCGAGCAUCCAUCUCUGAUUACUUCAUACGCAGACUUAGGGAGUGGAUAUUUCAUGUGUCCACGAUCUCAACAGUCAUUCCAUUUUGAUCACCUCAAGCAGACAGUCAGUGAUGUUAAAAGUUUGGAUCGUAGCAAUGUUGAAAAUAUAGAUCAUGAGUUAGAGGACUGGAGACAUGCUCUGCAGGAAUGUGCAACUGUUUAUGUAAAUGAACACUUUCCUGAGGGAGCUGUUUCAGUAUAUGCCUUACGAUUACACGAUGGCGCACGGAGUCUUGUUUUAUGUAUUGAAUCUCACUUUUCUAAACAUCAAUCAACUGGACGAUGGAGAUCAGAGUGGAUAUUCAAGGUAAUUGGACAAUCACCCAUGGAGUUCUCAGUUCAUGGUGUUAUUAAAGUCCAGACACAUUUAUACGAGGAGGGUAAUGUUCAGUUGAUUUCAUCUAAAGAAGUUGAUUUUGUUAUUCCUGGUUCUGUUCCAAAAGAAUUCGCUAAAGAAUCGUUGAAGAAGAUAAAACAUGCCGACUGUGCAUAUCAGGUUGGUGUUGCAGAGAAUUUCAAAACAAUGUCAGAUACAACCUUUAAAGCACUUCGCCGACAACUUCCACUGACUCGUUCCAAACUUGAUUGGAAUAAGAUUAUCACAUAUCAGAUAGGCAGUGAACUAGCAAAAGCACCACAGAAUUAA